AUGAAUGUACGUGUUAUCUUUGAUGAACUAAAAGUUCUCGAAGUGAACGAAGGGCUUCAGUAUACAGAAUCAAACUGCGCUACCAUCGAAUUGGAAGAAAACAUUUUGGAUGACCUAAAUUCUGUUACUAUGAAAUCAAUUAUAUUUAUGGAUCCCAUUGUGGAAUUGCCACAAAUUCAUUACAGAGAAUUGGAGCCUUCUAUUGAAAUUAUGCUUCCGAAUACCCUGGCUAGUGGAAAUGAAUCUGUAGUAGAAACCAUAGAUGUUGCAUCCAGCAGUUCUUCUGCUAUUCAUCAAACUUCACAUGAUGAAGGUAACGAUAUGGUCGAUAGAUCAUCUAUGAAAACUAUAGAUAUUCCCACAGAAACAAGCAAUGAUGUUUAUACCCCCAUAGAACCUAUGGAGGUUCCUGGUACCCUGAACUUGAUAGAAGUUGGUGCUCCUACAGAAACAAUUGAGGAUUCUGCAUCCUUAGAAACUUCUGUGGAUUCCACACAUCCAAAAAUAGUUGUUGUUUCUAUGCUCCCGGAAAUACUUGAUGUAUCAACUCCCAUGGAAUUGAUUGAUAUUUCUGCGCCAACGGAAUCGAUUGAUGUUCUUGAGUCCACGGAAACAACUGAUGUUUUUGAUAUCUUGGGAUCAAUUGGUAAUCCUGAGCCUCCAGAGAUAAUAACUGAUGUUCUUGCUAACCCUAAACAAGUUGAUGCUUCUGCGCCGCCGGACUCUAUAAUAGACCAUCCAUCACUUUUGGUAUCGGAUCCUACCGAUAAUCUUCAACCAGAACCCUCUACUUCAAUGGUUACAUUUGAACGACACCUUAUUUUUCCAGAUCCGGAUAUUCUGAAAGAAUCAAAUUCGAAUAAAGUGAAACUUCUCAGUGCUAUAUCAUCCGAGGCAUGGAGAAAUUACUAUGCCAAUGAAGAUAAAGAAAAGAUAGAAAAAGGCGAGAAAGCUUGA